CCUCUCUGAAAACUGCAUUUUUCAAUUCCUUUGUUGUUUCUUUCUGCUUUCUUCGUCAAGUUUAAAUAACCGAAAUGAAUGGCGAGGGAAAAUCGGAGACUGGAGCUAGCGCCGCCGCACCAGAGGAGGACGAGGAGGAAGUAGGCCAGAGAGUGGUGUACAUGUGGGGCUACUUGCCCGGAGCCUCCCCGCAGCGGUCGCCUCUGUUGUCUCCGGUCGUGGUGAAGAUUCCGCCGGCAGUCGAAAGCUCCUGGAAAGAUGUCUCCGGCGGAGGAUGCGGUUUCGCAAUGGCUACCGCAGAAUCUGGGAAGCUGAUUACAUGGGGUUCGACAGAUGAUCUAGGUCAAAGCUAUGUCACAUCCGGGAAGCACGGGGAAACUCCAGAGCCAUUUCCUCUUCCUCCGGAUGUUUGUGUACAGGAAGCUGAGGCCGGAUGGGCUCAUUGCGUGGCAGUUACAGAGAACCAUGAGGUUUAUACUUGGGGAUGGAGGGAGUGUAUACCCACUGGGAGAGUAUUCGGGCAAGUAGAGGGAGAUUCAGGUGAAAGAAACAUUUCCUUCUCAGCAGAGCAAGUGAGCCCCAGUUCUCAAGGGAAGAAAUCUAGCGGUGGAACGUCUUCUCAAGGAGAAUCAACAAAGAAGAGGCGGAUUUCGUCGUCAAAGCAAGCUGCUGAGAAUUCAUCACAGUCCGAGAACAACAACGACCUCUCGGCAUUGCCUUGCCUUGUAUCGUUGGCUCCAGGAGUUAGGAUUGUCAGUGUUGCUGCUGGUGGACGUCAUACCCUAGCAUUGUCAGAUAUUGGACAGGUGUGGGGUUGGGGUUAUGGAGGAGAAGGACAGCUUGGAUUGGGAUCCCGUGUACGUCUAGUCUCCUCUCCUCAUCCUAUUCCGUGCAUUGAGCCUUCUUCUUAUGGAAAAGGAAGUUCCGUGGCUGUUUCUGGUGCAAACAUGAGUUCAGAAGUACAAUGCGGACGAGUUCUUGGAAGUUAUGUAAAAAGAAUUGCAUGUGGAGGGCGACACAGUGCUGUUAUCACAGAUACUGGAGCUCUCCUUACAUUUGGUUGGGGACUUUACGGACAGUGUGGCCAAGGGAGCACAGAUGACGAACUAAGUCCUACAUGUGUAUCGUCUUUGUUGGGAAUCCGAAUAGAAGGAGUGGCUGCAGGACUAUGGCACACAGUCUGCGUUUCAUCUGACGGUGAUGUGUAUUCGUUUGGUGGAAACCAAUUUGGCCAGUUAGGUACUGGCUGUGAUCAAGCUGAGACUCUUCCAAAAUUACUGGAGGCUCCGAAUUUGGAAAACGUGAACGUAAAAACCAUCUCUUGCGGCGCUCGUCACACAGCUGUAAUCGCAGAUGAAGGGAAAGUAUUCUGCUGGGGAUGGAACAAAUACGGACAGUUGGGACUAGGGGAUGUGAUAGAUCGGAAUGCUCCUUCAGAGGUUAGAAUCAAAGAUUGCUUCCCGAAAAACAUUGCGUGUGGUUGGUGGCAUACUCUGCUUCUAGGCCAAUCUUCUCUCUGAAUGUGCCCACACAAGGAAACACAAUCAACACCAAAUUUUUGUUAGGGCUUUAGAGCAAAGUUCAGAUUUCAUUUUUUCUAGACCCCCUUUUUUUUUUAAUGUAUACAUAGACAUAGUAUUGUACAUACACGAGCGGCAUCUUAUUAUAUAUACAAUGUAAGGCUGAGUUGCUCAGCUUUUGUUUCUUCUGAUUUAGCUUAACUUUAAA